AUGGGUAUCCUUAUAACGUCAAUCCUUUCACAUACCAACGUCAAGCCCAAAAGAGUCAGAAUCUCAGAAGAUGACCGUCAAAAUCUUCCUCCAGUUAUCGGGUUUGGGUUUGAUAAUGAUAGAAGAACCAAUUAUGGUACAAGUUUGAGCAGAAGUGGAUUAGUUCGUCGUAAUGCUAUAAGCAGAAGAUGGAGAAGUCGUGCAAUGCAUCACAACCCUUCACCGGCUGAUGGGGGUACACCUGUUGAUGAAAUUGGGGUUGGGAGAGUGAUACCUAUGGAAUCUCCAGAAAUCAAUAAUACAAGACGAUCAAACAGACCUACAAUAGAUGCACCUCCACCGCCUACAAUGGUUGCACCACCGUCUGCAAUAUAUAGAAAUGGUACUGGGAGAGAUAGCGGAAGCAUCGAUGGGGGAGAACUUGAAGGCUUGUCAUUAGCAGAGCUAGAGAGAAGAGCUGAUGAACUGAGAAGAACAUUAUCGGAUAGACAUCAUAUAAAUAUAGAUUUUGGUGACCUGUCAAGAUCAGAAAAUGAACCAAGAGACUAUACCAUUGAAGAGGAAGGUGAAGAAGAGGAGGAUACAAGAGGUGAAGUUCCUUUAAAUGAGAGAAAUAUGGAUCAAAGAGCACAAAGUUUGAUGUAUGAAAUAAGGAGACGUAUGAGGACAAGUCGAAGAAGAUCUAUUGGAAGACCUUUCGGUGAUGCUGGUAAUCAGAGAAGGUCCAAUAUUGAUGAAUAUGAUGCAUUGAUACAAGAUAAUGAACCUAAUCAGAAUUGGAGACGUCGUGCUUUUAGAAUUUAUAGAAAUAACAUUGGGGAUAGAAGUUCUGAUAAUGAAGGUGAUAAUGGUGUUAAUCAUGAAAGAAGAAGAAGAGAACAAAAUAGACAUGCUUUUGUCACGUCUUUGGGUGACGAAGAUGAAGAUGCAGAUAAUAAUGAUAAUAAUGAAGAGGAGGCACCUUUGGCAUUUGGGAUAUUUUGA